CUCCCACUCAACAGAAGCCAGGAGGCCUGCGCAGACUGCCAGCAAUGAGGUGGCUCCCAACAGUCGGUAACUCCAACUGCAUGGGAUCCAGCGUCCUCUGCUGACCUCCGUGGGUAACUGCACAAACAGAGCAGCUCUGGCUCCUCAUCCCUGAGUCAUCAUCUUUGAAAUUAUAAGACAUGGAGGAUGAAGAUAAGACAGCUGAAUGUCAGCAUUCAAAGCCACCUACGGGGAUCACACACGAGGCUUCUCCACAUCACGAACUACAGGAGGAGAGAGUCAUGAGCCUCAGAGGUACAGACGGAAGUGAACCAACAGAAGGCAGUAACCUGCUGACCAGCGGUGAAAAAAAGCCACAGGACACACCAACAGAACCCAAUGGCCUGCAGAGUCUGAGGCAAUUCCAGGCCUGCCCUCCACGCGGCUGCCUGGCAAGAGUGAUAACGAACGGUACCAUGGUUGUUCUUCUGUGGGCCAUGGUUUGGUCAGUUACCGGCUCUGAAUGUCUUCCUGGAGGAAAUCUGUUUGGAAUUAUCAUUCUGUUCUAUUGUUCCAUCACCGGAGGUAAACUUUUUGGACUCAUUAAGUUUCCAACAUUGCCUCCUCUGCCUCCUCUUCUUGGCAUGCUGCUAGCUGGGUUUCUCUUGAGGAAUAUCCCAGUCAUCAGUGAUAGUGUCCGGAUCCAACACAAGUGGUCGUCAUCUUUGAGAAGCAUAGCCCUUUCUGUCAUUCUUGUUCGUGCUGGCCUUGGUCUAGAUUCAAAGGCCCUGAGGAAGCUGAAGGGUGUGUGUGUACGACUGGCCAUGGGUCCCUGCAUGGUGGAGGCGUGUGCUUCUGCGCUUCUCUCACACUUCCUGAUGGGGUUGCCAUGGCAAUGGGGGUUCAUCCUGGGUUUUGUCGUAGGUGCCGUGUCCCCGGCUGUCGUGGUGCCCUCCAUGCUCCUUUUGCAGGAAGGAGGCUACGGUGUUGGGAAAGGUAUCCCAACCUUACUCAUGGCUGCUGGCAGCUUCGAUGACAUCCUGGCCAUCACUGGCUUCAACACGUGCUUGGGCAUGGCCUUUUCCACAGGGUCUACAGUUUUUAACAUCUUCAGAGGCAUCUUGGAGGUGGUAAUUGGUGUGGCAGCUGGAUCUUUUCUUGGGUUUUUUAUCCAGUACUUCCCGAGCAGGGACCAGGACAACCUCGUGUGGAAGCGAGCCUUUCUGAUUCUGGGUUUUGCUGUGUUAGCUGUGUUCAGCAGUGUCUAUUUUAGCUUCCCGGGGUCUGGAGGACUGUGCACGUUGGUCAUGGCUUUCCUAGCAGGCAUGAGGUGGACUGACAAGAAGUCAGAGGUAGAAAAGAUCAUUGCAGUUACCUGGGACGUUUUCCAGCCUCUUCUUUUUGGCCUGAUUGGAGCAGAGGUUUCCAUUGUGUCUCUCAGAGCAGAAACGGUUGGCCUUUGUGUUGCAACCCUUGGCAUCGCAGUCCUGAUACGAAUUCUGACUACAUUCCUGAUGGUGUGUUUCGCUGGCUUUAACAUAAAGGAAAAGAUAUUUAUUUCUUUUGCCUGGCUUCCAAAGGCCACAGUCCAGGCUGCCAUUGGUUCUGUGGCUCUGGACACGGCAAGAUCCCACGGAGAGAAGCAGCUGGAAGACUAUGGGAUGGAUGUGCUGACGGUGGCAUUUUUGGCCAUCCUCAUUACAGCACCUAUUGGAAGCCUACUGAUUGGUUUGCUGGGUCCCAGGGUUCUUCAGAAAUCUGAACAUCGAAACGAAGAGGAGGUUCAAGGAGAGACUUCUGCACACAUUCAGAGGAAGCCUGGGGAUUCCAUUACUGAAGCCUGAUGGACCAUGUUUACCACCCCAACCCAAAGGUUUUGGCCCUCCAACAACCAGGACAACUGAGUCCCUUUGACUCAGAAGAAAACUUCCCGUGGAAUUUCAUAAGCAAACAAAUUAGAAAGCUUUACGCUGCUAAGAGUACCUCAGGUGUUUAUUUCCUCAGAAAGACUAGAGGACGGGUUACUCCAGAAAGCGAGAGAAAGUAAUUUGGACAAAUAAAACAUUCACGAUUUUG